UGGUAAGCUUUGCGUUAGCGAUAUCGAACAUAUUGUAAGAAGACACGCGAACAUACAGGUGAAAUUCGUAUAGAAAUAUGCACUAUGUAGACCGGGACACGUGGCGGAACGGUACGAUAAAUACAGUGGGUUCCACCCGGACCAUAGUAGCGCGAACACCACCGCGUAGCAUGUAAACAAACGCGGGAAGCUUGAUCCUGAGUAUCACCAUCUGGCAGAAAAGUGCGGAUUAUCGGAUUAUGAGACAUGGCGGAUAUUUUGACACUUGUUUUUAGGACUUUUAUGUCACACUCCGGUUUAAAGAGGGACUUAACAGUUAGUCCUCCGACCUGCAGCACCUUGGUGGUCGGAGACCACAGCAUCAGCCGCUCCGUGUUGCUGCUGGCGGCCGUGACAGCUGCCGCGGAGAUGGGCAUAAAAGUGAUGUUCUUCACCCAGACUCAGAUUCAGAGCCUUCCGGUGUCUCUGCAGAGAUGUGUUCCCAACCUGAGCCCUGAAAGUCUUAAGAAAAUCAAGUUUUCCUAUCCCAGGACAGUGGAGGAGCUCCUCCAGCAGGUGGCCAGCCUUCACGAGCCUACCAACACAUCCCCCACACCUCCUUCACUCAUCAUAGUCGACAGACUGGAGAGCUUCCUGAGUGGUCCUGGGGGUGGCAGCCAAAGUGGAUUUCACCCCAUGGAGCAGUCCUGUGCCGCACACCUUGCCGCGCUGCUGUGCGACACUGCUGCUUUUCUCACGCAAGUCCUGGAGCAGCGGGGGUCGAGCUCAGCCCCCUGCCGCAUCAUUGCCUCUUUCCUGUCGGAGGUAAACAUCGGGCACACUGGUGGGGAUCCCUCUGCGACCGAUCCUAUCCUUGAUGUACUCAACCGCUAUUUCCAGGUACGCUGUACUCUGGACCAGGACAGAGGCUAUCAAGCUGCAGCAGCUGCACCACAGGAAGUGUGGCACGUUUACUUUUCUGGGAGAGGAAUCACGGACUCCUCUUUCACCAAAGACUGUGGUAACAGUUCAGGUGUAGCCCAAGAGUGGCAGCUCUUCAUUUUUCCUGAUGGUUUCAUGGAGUUUAAGUUGGCUUAAUGAGAAUUUUGUGUAGAGACAGCUGUCACAUCUCCA